AUGCAGUUCUCCGUCUUCAGCCUCAUCUCCCUCGUUGCCCUGGCCAGCGCCGCCCCUGCUGACCUCCAGGCCCGAGAUGCCACCAGCUGCGGCGGCGUCCAAUACACCUCUGAUGAUGUGCAGGCCGCUGCCGACACUGCCUGCGAUCAUGUCCGGAGCGGCAGCCACGCCGGAUCCUCGACCUACCCCCAUCGAUACAACAACUACGAAGGCUUCGACUUUCCCGUCUCCGGCCCUUACGACGAGUUUCCCAUUCUCAAGUCGGGCGCAGUCUACUCUGGCGGCUCACCUGGGCCUGACCGCGUCGUCAUCAACGAUGAUUGCGAGCUUGCCGGCGUCAUCACCCACACUGGUGCUUCAGGAAACAAUUUUGUCGGCUGCUCCGGCACCUCGUAA